AGCACCGUUGAAAGGAUCACGGAUGUAGAGAUUAAAUAAGUGGCAAAACCAUUCUCAGUUGUCAAAAAUGGCCAAAAACACAUCCCUAUAUUUCCGUAUUAUAGAGGGCAGGAGCCUUCCAGUCAAAGACGUCUCUGGGACCAGUGACCCAUACUGCAUUGUAAAAGUUGACAAUGAAGUUGUGGCCAGGACAGCCACAGUGUGGAAGAACCUCAACCCUUUCUGGGGAGAAGAAUACACACUGCACCUCCCGACGGGGUUCCAUUCGCUCGCCUUCUAUGUCAUGGAUGAGGACACCAUUGGCCAUGAUGACAUCAUUGGAAAGAUAUCGCUGAGCAAAGACACCAUCGGGGCCAAGGUUAAAGGGCUGGAUAACUGGCUGAAUCUGACCCGGGUGGACCCGGAUGAGGAGGUGCAGGGGGAGAUCCACUUUGGUCUGGAGCUUCUCAGAGAUGCCAAAGGUAUAGGACUACGAUGCCAUUUCAUAGAGGCCAGAGACUUGGCACCAAGAGACAUUUCUGGAACCUCUGAUCCCUUUGCCAGAAUCCUCUACAAUAACCACAGUGCAGAGACUUCGAUCAUUAAAAAGACUCGUUUCCCACACUGGGGUGAGACCCUGGAGUUGGAGCUUGAGACAGAGGAGCUGUCUGAGGGAGGGACUGUCACAGUGGAGGUCUGGGACUGGGACAUGGUGGGCAAAAAUGACUUCCUGGGAAAGGUGGAAAUCCCUUUUGCUUGCCUGCAUAAAACACCUCUGGUACAGGGUUGGUUUCGUCUGCUGCCCCUGGGAAACAAUGAGGAUGAUGCUGGAGGUAAGCUGGGUGCGCUGCGACUGAAGGUGCGUCUGGUGGAGGACCAUAUUCUUCCCUCCAUGUACUACCAGCCUCUCAUUGACCUGCUGGUGCAGUCAGUCAUCUCUCCUGCUGAGGUGGAGGACGGCAGCCCCCUGACCAUGCUGGAGGAGGUGACCACAGUGGAGAGCCGGCAGGACGUGGCCAUGACCCUGGUCAAGAUCUACCUGGGGCGGGGCCUGGUGGUGCCCUUUCUGGACUACCUCAACACCCGCGAGGUCAACCACACCUUGGAUCCAAACACCCUGUUCCGGUCCAACUCUCUAGCUUCUAAGGCCAUGGAACAGUUCAUGAAGGCUGUGGGGAUGCUGUACCUUCAUGAGGUCCUGAAGCCCAUCAUUAACCGCAUCUUUGAGGAGAAGAAGUAUAUUGAGUUGGACCCGUGUAAAAUUGACCUGAACAGAACCAGGCGUAUCUCAUUUAAAGGUGCGGUGUCUGAGGCUGAGGUGAGGGAGAGCAGUGUGGAGAUGCUGCAGGGCUAUCUGUCUAACAUCGUGGAGUCCAUCAUUGGGUCAGUUACCCAGUGUCCACCUGUCAUGAGGGUGGCCUUCAAACAGCUGCACAAGAGGGUGGAGGAGCAGUUCCCUGAGCCAGAGAAUGAGGAUGUGAAGUAUCUGGCCAUCAGUGGGUUUUUCUUCCUGCGUUUCCUUGCCCCUGCUAUCCUCACACCCAAGCUCUUUCACCUGAGGGACCAGCAUGCAGAUACACGCACCAGCAGGACACUGUUACUACUGGCCAAGGCAGUGCAGAGUGUGGGGAACCUGGGUUUGCAGCUGGGCCACGGUAAGGAGCUGUGGAUGGAGCCCUUGCAUCCCAUCAUCCUUUAUAGCGUGGCCUCUGUUAAAGACUUCCUGGACAAGCUCAUCGACAUUGAUAGCGUGUCAGAGGUGCCCCAGAGGGCUGUGUUCCUGCCCUCAGUGACAGUGAAGGAGGGAUAUCUCCAGAAGCACAAGGCCGAAAGCCCCCAGCUCCUGUCCCGCUUUUCCUUCAAGAAGCGAUACUUCUGGCUGAGCAGUGAGACACUGUCCUAUGCCAAGACCCCGGAUCCCUGGCAGGUGCGCUCCUCCAUCCCCAUCCAGUGUGUGUGUGCUGUGGAGAGAGUGGAUGAGAAUGCCUUCCAACAGCAGCAUGUGUUGCAGGUCGUCACCCAGGACAACGAUGGACAGAUGCACACCAUCUAUACCCAGUGCAAGAAUGUGAAUGAGUUGAACCAGUGGCUGUCAGCCAUCAGGAAGGCCAGUAUCUACAACAGGCGCAUGCUGCCCUCCUUCCACCCAGGGGCGUACCGAAGUGGCAAGUGGACCUGCUGCCUACAGGCUGACCGCGCAACUUCAGGUUGCAGUUGCACUCACUCUGCAGUGACUCUGGGCGACUGGAGUGACCCAUUAGAUCCAGACGCAGAGACCCAGACCAUCUACAAACAGCUUCUUCAGGGAAGAGACAAGCUCAGGAAACAGUAUGUGGAGGUGGAGGCUGAGAUGACCACAGAGGAAGAGAAUAGAGAAGAGAAUAGAGUGAACUCUGGGCGGCUCCCUGAUGGAGCAGACUGUAGCGUGGAGCUCCUGAAGCACAGGCAGGCUGCAGCGGUUCGGCUACUUGGAGUGGUUCUGGAUCUGGAGCAGGCCCAUGCCACCUUCCAGCGGCAGGAAAGAGUGGAGGCUGGUAGCCUCAUCCUGACCCCCUAGAUUGGGCCUUCCCUGGGGCCUGAGCCCGGGUCUGAAGGGGAGAGCAGAGUCCUGUAUCAGACUCAAUGGAGUAGGAAAACUAAGCGACCUGCUCCCUGUCACGUUGUCUGUUACAUGUGAUGUCUAGAGGAACUCUCUUCUCAUCCAGAUUACUACUUCAUAAGCCAGAAUGAAGAGGAUACCCAUUCUGUAACAUCCUUUGCCUGGGAUGUUUGAUAUCACCCACUGGUUUUCAGCUGUGGCGGAGAAGUUAUCUAGUGAAAUAACUGAUUGCCACAGGUCUUGCAUUCAGAUGAACUGCGACAUAAACUUCUGCUACUCUCCCAAAGCUUGGGUUCUUAUCGAUUGAGCAGGACACAAACUGAAGCAGGGGCACGCAUGUAGUGUGUUAUUCCGUGGUACUGCAUUAUCGUAUCAAGGAAUGCAGUGCAUGCCCUGCAUCCAGCGUCUGUGUAAUGUGAAGAAUUUUGUUUAUAUUCAAAUCAUUAUAUGGGUCGUUCCAGCAAUUCGGUGCCUUUUAAGAAGUGUAACUUGGUAAAAAAAAAAAAAAGAAUUGGGGGGGAUUUCACCUCAUUUUAGCAUUCUGUCAUAAAGAGCACACGUUUUCCCAUCUCAAGAGGUUCAAUUAAAACAAUUACUAUAGUAAGUGCCUUUUAAAUGUCAAAUAAAGUAACAGGGUUGCGAAUUUCAUCUUAAAAUCAGCCAUAAAUCCCCUUUUGACAGGGGGAAUGAAACAGGGAGUGGCAAUUGAAUGCAGGCUUCCCAUUUGUAUGUAUUUGUUGUUACAACAUUUCUAGCCUGUCUAUGGGUAACACUAAUAAAUAAUAAUCUUCAGAAAUGACUUUUUCAGAGCAACAAUAACUAGGGCUUUACAAUGAUGGUGAAUAUGUGGAGAAAUGUUGGGGUUAAGUGGGUAAAAAACAUCCUCGAAGUCACAGAGGGUAGGGACGGAGGGACCUCCCUAGAAGUCACAGAGGGUAGGGACGGAGGGACCUCCCUAGAAGUCACAGAGGGUAGGCACGGAGGGACCUCCCUAGAAGUCACAGAGGGUAGGGACGGAGGGACCUCCCUAGAAGUCACAGAGGGUAGGGACGGAGGGACCCUAGAAGUCACAGAGGGUAGGGACGGAGGGACCUCCCUUGAAGUCACAGAGGGUAGGGACGGAGGGACCUCCCUAGAAGUCACAGAGGGGACACGGAGGGACCUCCCUAGAAGUCACAGAGGGUAGGGACGGAGGGACCUCCCUAGAAGUCACAGAGGGUAGGGACGGAGGGAUCUCCCUAGAAGUCACAGAGGGUAGGCACGGAGGGAUCUCCAUAGAAGUCACAGAGGGUAGGGAUGGAGGGACCUCCCUAGAAGUCACAGAGGGUAGGGACGGAGGGACCUCCCUAGAAGUCACAGAGGGUAGGGACGGAGGGACCUCCCUAGAAGUCACAGAGGGGACAUGGAGGGACCUCCCUAGAAGUCACAGAGGGUAGGGACAGAGGGACCUCCCUAGAAGUCACAGAGGGUAGGGAUGGAGGGACCUCCAUAGAAGUUACAGAGGGUAGGGACGGAGGGACCUCCAUAGAAGUCACAGAGGGUAGGGACGGAGGGACCUCCCUAGAAGUCACAGAGGGUAGGGACGGAGGGACCUCCCUAGAAGUCACAGAGGGUAGGGACGGAGGGACCUCCCUAGAAGUCACAGAGGUGUAGGGACGGAGGGACCUCCAUAGAAGUCACAGAGGGGACACGGAGGGACCUCCCUAGAAGUCACAGAGGGUAGGGACGGAGGGACCUCCCUAGAAGUCACAGAGGGUAGGGACGGAGGGACCUCCCUAGAAGUCACAGAGGGUAGGGACGGAGGGCCCUCCCUAGAAGUCACAGAGGGUAGGGACGGAGGGACCUCCCUAAAAGUCAUAGAGGGUAGGGACGGAGGGACCUCCCUAGAAGUCACAGAGGGGACACGGAGGGACCUCCCUAGAAGUCACAGAGGGUAGGGACGGAGGGACAUGCCAACGUGCUGAAUUUUAGCAAGUAUUUAUUCAUAUAAAACAAAUUGGAUUUAUUGAAUUAUCCAUGUGGUCUAUUUUAAAUGGUACUUCAUUUAAUAUAACAGGCUUUUAAAAUUCAAUAUCGGUGCACAAUGUCUAAUUAGAAUAUCAAGGGGCUCCAAAAGGCACUGUUUUCAUGUAACGACCCAUACCUUGGAGGACGAUUAUGCAAUCUACUGUAGUUUUAGAUGGAUCUACCUGAAUGUAUGCUAUUUGGAUAUUGCUUUUAUUUAUGGGUUUUUUACUCUCUAAUUUAUAUAUUUCAAUUGAUAACAUCCACAAUGUUGUAGUAAGAUUGUGCUGUGUUCAUAUUAAUGAUGGUAAUGCCCUGUGAGAUUUCUAAGUAAGUGUUUUUUAUUAAUACAAUGACACACACGCCAUAAUUGCUUGAACAGUCACUUGUUUGCUAUUAGUAUAUUGUUUUCACUGUUGCCAUAGUGAAGCUUGUGUUUGGUGCUGUUGCUCCGUGGAUUUAUGGGAAGUAACUCAAACUCAAAUGUGUGGCUUUGAUAUGAAAAACAUAUUUUACAUAGUCCACAGUUGAUUGGUUAAUUGGUAAAAACGUGUCUUUGAAGCAGUACUACUGACAAUAUUAAACAGUAGAUCAAGUGGCAUGUUUACUGUUCUCAGCUCAUUGUAUUUGAAGUCCUUUUAAGACAGCUGAGUUUGAGUGAUGUGUCAUACAGUAAAUGUCAUUCUUUUGUAAUGAAUGGAAUUGAACAUAUGUAGAUCAUUUCUGUUCUACUCUAGUUAGGGUCCCAUCACCCUCUGUAGAGAGCUAAUGAUGUCGACUCACAGCCGUUUGAGCGUAUCCGGUCUUAGCCAUACCUUAGAUUUUGUAUACAUGUAUGUAUUUCCUACAAUUUUGACCCAAUUCAGUGUGCUGGUUUUGAGCCAAGCUCAGAGGAGUAGAGAUGAUCCAAGCUCAGAGGAGUAGAGAUGAGCUAAGCUCAGAGGAGUAGAGAUGAGCUAAGCUCAGAGGAGUAGAGAUGAGCUAAGCUCAGAGGAGUAGAGAUGAGCUAAGCUCAGAGGAGUAGAGAUGAGCUAAGCUCAGAGGAGUAGAGAUGAGCCAAGCUCAGAGGAGUAGAGAUGAGCCAAGCUCAGAGGAGUAGAGAUGAGCCAAGCUCAGAGGAGUAGAGAUGAGCUAAGCUCAGAGG